AUGACCCGUAGCCAGUCGGGAGAUCUACUACCAUUAGACCAGGAGCUUGAACGGACCUGCAGGAACUUCAAGCGGGCUCUAAAGGCGCGACUGGCUGCGGAGGAGGCGCUAGCACAGCUACAGAUAACUGAAGAAGAGGAGAUGGCUGAUCCACAGGACCAUGAUGUGGUCAAUCCUGGGGAGCAGACCAUGGGAUCCUACUGGACCGCCAGGGCUGCAGACAUGAGGUCACCCAUUCAACACCCUCAUAUCCCAAGCAAUAAUUUCGAGAUGAGCACCUCAGUAAUCACCAUGCUGCGCGGUUCAGUGAUGUUCCGUGGCAAAGAGGGGGAGUGCCCCCGAUCACAUCUCAGGCGAUUCCACGAGCUCAUUGAUGGAAUCAAGAUCAAUGGGGUCCCCGCAGAUGCCAUCCAGUUGAGGUACUUCCCAUUCACCCUGGAGGGGCAGGCCAAGGAGUGGCUCGGCACUCAACCUCCGGGCUCCAUCACCACGUUCGCCAACCUGGCGGACAAGUUUCUUACCCGCUACCAUCCUCCGUCGAAGACGGCAGACUUGCAGAAGCAGAUCACCCACUUCACCCAGGAUGAAGAUGAGACCAUCCGGGAUGCUUGGGAGAGAUACAACAGUCUCUUCCUGAGGUGUCCCAAUCAUGGUUUCAACGAUGCUUUCAAGGUGGGAACCUUCUAUCAUGCCCUCUUCCUAGAAGAUAAGCAGCUGAUUGAUUCGGUCUGUGGCGGGAACAUGCUGACUAAAACACCGCCACAGCUGAAUCAACUCUUUGAGGAGAUGGCAGAGAACGGGUAUGAUUGGGGCACUGCUAGGAGGUCGAGGAGAGCACCAAGCCGAGGUGUACAUUCUGUGGGAAACCAUUCCUCUGAUUUGGUGCAGGUGGUGUCGAAGCUGGUUUCAGCUAUCGAUCGUUCUGGGAUGAUUCCAGGGACCGGACAGCAGCAGGCGAUGCUCUGCCAGUGGUGCGAGAGCACCCAUCAUACAGUGGAAGACUGCCAAGCGAUGAAGGAAUCGACCACACCCCAGGAGCAGGUGAACUUCAUCAAUAAUGUCAGGCGCAAUGACCCCUACAGUAACACCUACAAUGAGGGGUGGCGCCAGCAUCCUAACUUCUCAUGGGGCGGGGCAAAUUCUAGACCACCAGUCCCUCAGGGACCACCGGGCUUCCAGAGGCCACCAUAUCAGCCCAGACAGGGGCAAUUCCAGCAGCAGCAGCAGUCUCUCUACCAGCCCAUGUAG